GUCUGAAUUUGAGGUCCUCUAGGAGCAUGUUCAUGUUUGCAUAGAAGCUCGAUUUUGCCCCCACGGUCAGCACCAUGUCCCGUUUCCUGCGUUGGGAGAUCGACGCGGUCUCGGAGACCGUCGUGAACUACAAGGUCUUUCUCUUGUCGUUCCUGUACGAGUUGACUCUUGCCCCCUUUUCGGGUUUGCUCUGCUGUCUGUUGGAAGGUGAUAAUUCCGCACGGAACCGCUACCUUAUCCUCGACCGGAAGCAAUUCGAUAUGUUUUGGGGCAACAACCGUUUCGAGACGCUACAGAACAUGGUUUGGAUAUUCAAUGAUCACUUUAUGUGCGUCUUGUUCGUCUUCUAUCUGUGGGCGAACAUGGACGUGCGGAGGAAGAUUGAUGAACUUAAGUCGUCCAAUGAAUUCUGGUGCCGCCAUUUCCUCUUCGAAUGGUUCUUUGUUCACGACUACAAGUUCUACGCAGGAGCUGCAACCCGGUAUCGAGAACUACGGUGAUAAUUUAGACGCGGUGGACGGGAUGCUUUCGUAUCUGAUCCUGGUGGACAUUCAUUACUAUGACUUGCUGUUUUUGCUGCUGGUCAAGGUCCACAAGUCGUCUUGCAUCGCGCUCAAGUACGCGACUUUUGGACUGUCGGAGAUGCGGUUAGUGCGGUCGGACAACAACUUCUACGUGGACAUGGGGUUCACCGAGCGCAGAAUGGGGUUCGAUUUGUUCUACGACGGCAGCGGUUGUUACGAGCAGCACGUGCUGGAGCAGCUUUUGCUCAGUUGCUUCCGCACGGCCGAGCUGAUCCGCGGCGUCGACUGUGUGCAUUUCCGGUUGGACCCCUUGAGUGCGUAUGACGUCGAGGAGGAGUUAGAGCAACUGAUGAUACGGGAACAACAAGAGCAGCAGCAGCAGCUUGGAGGUCUGCAGUUCCAAAAUCAUGACGCAGAGCUGCACAGGGGCACUAUCCCCAUGGAUGCACGGUCCUCUGGAAGUUUGUACGCUGCGCCAGAGGUUUUGCUGCUCGCACAAAUCGUUGAGGGUCUCGUGGACAGAUUGCUCGCGGAGAACAAGGGAUUGCGGGCAAGGAUCUUGCUAGCGGAACAGCAAAGUCCUCGAGCUGGAUAUGAAGUAGAGGCGGUUAAAGGCAGCAGGUCUCUGGCGGAUAAAAAGUUUCUCGCGUUCUCGUGGCUGGACCAUUCGAAACUCUUUCUGGACUGCAUCAACCUGCCCGAGGUCUUCACGACCGUCAAAAAGGGGGCUUUGCCGCUCACGCAGGAGGCUGCCGUCAAGUCGACCCUGAACAAGUGGGGAGAUCUCCAAGCCUUGCUUGGGGUGUCCCGGGAACUGACACGCGAGAUCGAGCGGCAGUGGCCGACGAUCGAUGCGGAGGCUGUGUUCGGUCAGGAAAGAACCGCAGACGAGGUCGACGUCCAGCUUGGUGGCGAGGCACUAAAUGAAGGCGGAGGUGAGUUUUCAAAUAAGCCGUGGCAAUGGUAUAUGCAGUCACGAAAAGACGUGCAAAAGCUCGUAGUUAAGGUAUUUUUCAAUGCGGCGUCCUCAUCAAAGGCACGUGGGGACGAGGCAACAUCAUUGGACGGCUCGUUACUGCGGGCGGUGUGUGCGCGGCUGGGAGUCUUCGUGGACGAGGAGAACCAUGGGGAAUCUGCUGACACGAAGAUGCCGUGGCCGGGGAGUGUUGAUCACUAUGCUCCAUCUUCUGCAGACGGCGUGCCCAAGCACGCAACCGACUCAUCCGCCGCCGGCGUGGCGACGCUCUCGGUUCCCCUGCCGGCGACCACAGUGUCGUACGUUCUUGCUUGCCUGGCGUGCAAGCCCGAUGACAUGAUGGGGGCAAUCUCGGGAUCGAUCAUUCUCUUCGCGCUCGUGGCACCUAUGUUGCUGAACAAUUUGGUUCGACUCAUCCAGACCGGCGCUUUUCUGAGUCAGUACUCGCACAUCGGUUCGAUCCUUCAUUUAUGCCGGCUUUUGCCGAUGUGGGGCAUCGGGGGCGCGUAUUGGGCGUGCAUUAGCUUUUUGAUUUUCACAGUUUUGGAGAUGAGGAAGCGUUACCGCAUGGCAACGCUCUUCCUGGCCACCUUCGGCGAUCGGGAGGCUUUGCUGGAAGUUGUUCAGGAACAGUUUGCCGACGGAGGUGAUUCACGCGGCAGCGAUGAGGCCCGAAGCGACACUUCUCCUGGUGAUGACGACUGGGAUCAUUUAAAUGGAUCCGACAGUGAUCCUGAUCCUCUCGGCCUUGGAGUUUUGUUUCCAGACCGAAAAAAUCGUGCAACCAAGAAAAACUCCGAAACGGGGGCGAACAAAGUGAGUCCGAAUCCGGUCCCGUUUGCGCGGGCACUCAACAUAGACGCAGUCCUCGAUCGGGAGAUAGAGCGCAAGAGAACUACAAAGACGGCAAAUAAAGAUGUUGGCGCUCCGUCCGUUGCAGGGACCUCUCACCCGCUAGGUUUGUCCGAAGAGGCCCAGGCGGAAAUCAAGGCCAUUUACGAGUCGCGGUUCCGCGAUUUCCGGCUCGCGACGAAUCUGCUCGCCCUGAAUUCCCCCGAAGACCUCCUCGCGUUCCGAGUCGUGGCGAUGCUGACGGGCGGAACCUUUUUGGGUAACGCCGCCGCGCGGUAUUCAAAUGCGGACGCUAUUGCGCAUUGGUGCUUUCUCUGUCUCUGUGUUGGCCUCAUCGUCCACAUGAUCCUGGCUAUGCCCGACCUUCAGGAAGAUGAUGGUAACUCGAACACCGCCUCCGAGUCCGAUGGCAGUGCUAGGCCGUUGCUCUUCCCGCACCUGGCCUCUCCGCGGCCCAUCCAUCGCGAGUACGGUCUUUACUGGCCGCCGCUUGUGGAAGCGGGUUUUUUCGUGUGUUGGUUCAGUCUGGGAACGGCCGGGGCCGUGUUUUACGGGACGCAGGUGAACAGAGGCGCUCCGAGAAUACUGAGCAUCGUCCACCGCGCGAAGCGAAAUUACGACAAAGUGUUUUUUAAGAAGCUGGAAAUGUACGAAAAGUACGUAUCUAUGCGGAAGGGGAGCACGAGAGCUGACGCAGAGGACACCAUAGACGCUACCCUAGAGGUAGACGGCAGCAGUAUUUUUAACAGUGGCCGGCCUCAAGCGGAGCCGAUCGCGGGAUUCUCGUCGCGAUUGAAUGCCGAGGACAUUCAGAAGCUGGACAAUGCUCCUGCGCUGCCGGUGGGGUUGUCUGGAACUACUGCUGUGACGCUAGAACCGACGACAAGAAGUACGGCUCCCAGACGCUCGGCGUCCUCGAUGUCACGUGGAGGGAUGUCCACGGUGUCGAGCUCGUCGCGAUCGUCGGUUCUCCGGAGUGUGGAGUCGAGUCUGAUCGGAAGUGAAGUUGAGGAGGGCGCGUUGAGUCGGCAACCAAAUCUCGUGGACACCGUGAAGGACCAGUACGAGCGCCGCUACAGGGCCAGCAAAGAAAAAUUCAGGGUGAUGCAAACGUUGCAAGAAGAAGACGAGGAGUUUGAGGUCGCGCCAACAGGAGCACAAGCGGGCGCAGAGGAGAAUAUCGACGGAGCACUAGAGCCGCGUGGAAAUAACGGACUCUACGGGAAGAUGAAAACUGGGCGCCCCUGGUCGUACCUGGAUUUGGGCCUAGUCGAAGAUCCCGAGCCACUCGCAGCAGUUGCAUCUCCGAAUGGGUUCGGUUUUGCAGACUUCGCGCAACUGAAUGUCACCACCGACGACAUCAAGCAGCUGAAGUUGGACCGCGAGCUUUUCCAGGACACUGCCACCAGCGUUUUGGCCGACCUGGACCAGUAUUUCCAACAGCAUCCGGCAAAGAUCAUGUUUAUGCCGUGCACCGUCGAGUUGUUCCGGGUCAUUUACGCGGCCCUCGCCACGCUCGCCGGUGUCAUCCUGGCCGCUCUAUACUCCAAAGGAGUGCUCUUCUCGCCGUUCGCCUUUCUCGACUCUGGCGCCUGAUCCCAGUGAUGUUGAGAGGAAAUCAGUAGAGUGUGGUUGUUUCUGUUAUUUCUUGUUGUUUCCGCAGUUUGAUGUUUCUGGAGGCGAUCUUAGAUUAGCGCUCGGUUGGGUGAGGUCGCCGCCGCUAUCGUCAGCCGGUGGAUCUAGUAUGUUCGCAGCAAACCUCCGAAGUGGAUAUUUGGAAGCCCGGAACUUUCUCUAUUGUAAAGACCGACGAACACAAGAAUAUUCACUUCAUAACUACAUUUGUGCUUCUUGGAGCAGGGAAGGGGCAGUUUAGUAGAUUCUUCCUUGCAAGCAUUGGGUCGAAUUGUUUGUAAAGUAACUUAGCUGCGGAAGCGCCGCGCGAGCCCUGAAGCUUUGUCACCGAACAAAAGAUUACGAGGGAUGAAGCUGAUGCUGAAGAUACAUGUUUGUUUCCGUAUUCUGGUAAUGUCAGUUUCAAUUGCUGCUAUCGCAAAAUCCCUGCGGCUGUUGCAGCGACUCACCUGCCAUUUGUUUGUACCGGAUCCAUA